AUGGAUGGCGGCAGCAGCACAGGCUGCAGCAGCAGCAUUAGCAGCGGCUACGACUCGUCCAGUGAUACGGAUGAGGGUGAUUUCAGCAGCAGGGGCUUGGCAACUGCAGCAGCAGCAGCAGCUUUCCCUCAGCAGCAGCAGUUAGCGCAACAGGAGGAUUUACAGCAGCGAAAUUUGGAACAUCACCAGCAGCAGAAUCUGGAGAGGCAGCCGCAGCAACAGCAGCAGCAGCAACAGCAGCCUAGGCAAGGUUUCUGGGCCGGUCUUGUGAGUAGCGGCAGCCUUCCUUUUAGCUUAUCAACUGCUGCUGUUUCUGCUGCUGCACGCUCUGCACCACCGCCCGCAACAGCAGCAGCAGAAGCAGUUCCUGGAGCAGGUGCAGCAGCAACAGCAGCACCCGCAGCAGCGCCUGCAGCAGGAGCAGCAUCACCCGCAGCAGCAGCAGCAACAGCAGAGGCAGCAAGCCGAGCAUCCAGAACAGCAGCAAAGACUGUCCCCACCUCCACGGUUGAGAUGCUCUCAACUUUGCUGCGGCGAUCGCAGCUGCUGCAGCAAAAGCAGCAGCAGCUGAAGAAGCUGCAGCAGCAGCGUUUAGAAUUAGAGAAGCAGCUGGAGUUACAGCUGAGCGCUGCUGCUGCCUCACGCGCCAGCUGCAGGACCCCGACAGCAGCAGCAGCAGCUGCUGCUGCCACGCAGUACAUUACUGUCCAAGCCGACAAAACAGCAGCAGCAGCAACAGCAGCAGCUGCUGCUGCUGUUGCUGCUGCUGCUGCUGCUUCGCCCGAGCGAGAAGGCUGUGAGGGCGACGAGAAGAGGAAUCAGACAAUCAGCAGCAGCAGCAGCACUAGCAGCAGCAGCAGCACUAUCAGCUGCAGCAGCCCUACCAACAGCAGCGGCCAUGCCAUCACCAGCAGCAGCAGCAGCAGCAGCAGCAGCAGUAAGGUGGGGAGUAUGAACGAGAACGGGGCGCCCUGCAGCGUGGAGUUGUUGCUGCUGGAUGGUUUGAGUUGUGUAUGCAGCAUGUGGCGGCAGCAGCUGCAGCAUCUGAGCAAGAAGGUGCAGAGUUUGCUGCUGCGGUACCGCAGCAGCAAAGGCCGUCUGGUGGGUGCAGCAGCAGAGCUGCAGCAGCAGCAGCAGGGAGUAUAUUGUUUGCGUGUGCGGAAGCUGCAGGAGGUGGCGCGUCUGCUGCCCAUAGAAAACACAGCAGCAGGGCGUACAAUUCUUUCGCUUUCUUUACCUCCUGUCUCUUCUUUAAUGGAGGAGCUUCAAGAGAAAUCCUUUAAAGCCGAAGUGCUGCGCUCCAUCUCUGCUGCUGCGGGGUUUGCUGCGCUGCUGCUGCUGCUCAUCUCGCGGCUAACAGCAACUCCGCUGCUGCACCGCGUCGUUGCAAGGGGUGCGCGUUCAACUGUAUGUACACCUCAAGGAGAACUGCCCCUGUAUAUACGCGAAGGAGACCCGCAGGCGGCGCUGCAGCAGCUGCAGCAGGGGCUGCUGUUGCUGCUGCAUGCCAUAGACGGUGUUGCUGCAGAAAGGGAGCACCCCCUCAAACAUUUCCCAGACAAGGAUGUCUUGCAGAGGCUGGAGGCGCUCCUCUACAACGAACUAUGGGGAUUUCAAGCUGCCCUCUGA